AUGGUUUCUUCUGUACGGGCCAAGUUAAGGAUGACUAGUCGAUCGAGAAUCGUCUUUGUGCUGGGAGCCGUUAUCUUAAUUUCCCUGUAUGUCUAUCAUAUCAAUAUUAUACAUACGUAUAGGCCACCAGACAUUUCUGAAAUCAGGGUGAGCGACGAACUAGUAACCAUUGCCAAGGCCAUAAAACAAAAACAUGGAUUCGUUGUACUUCAGUUCUUGAAUUCGGGUUUUUUAACUUUAACGAAGAAUUGGAUUUGCAAUGUUGAAUGUUUCAGUAUUUUACCAAAAACGAUAUUUAUAACAACUGACGUCGAUGCGUACCGUGGACUGGCGGAGUGGAAAGACGAUCUCAAUGUAAUUUUGCUUGAAUACGGAACUAAACACGAGAUGACAUACGGUGAGGUUAUUUAUUACUAUUUUGGGUUAUUUCGUGUCAAAAUCAUGAACCAACUCUUGCAAAGGAAUUUCAGCAUUUUUGAAACAGAAGCCGACGCUACCUGGUUCGACGACCCACUUGAAUAUUUCGCCCAGUCGAGUGUGGACAUGGUUGUAAUGCAGAAUAAAGGUAAACAUUGCCAACACUGCAUGGUCAAUGGAGGGUUUCUCUAUAUUAACGCUACGCACACAAGUCAGCGAAUGUGGAACGAACUUACACGUCAACUUACUGAAAAAAUGAAGGGUUACCGAAACCAAGAAGGAUGGCGAAAUAUCGGGAUGGCAGGCUCGGAACAAGUGUUUCUGAGUGAUAUUAUCGAGACAGAGAAAUCAGCUAACAUACAGUGGCUACCGGUUGAGAGAUUCGUCAGUGGAUUAUGGUACACAAAUAAGGAGAUACGGUCACAUACACAGCCGAUUGUCAUUUUGAAUAAUCACGUUUUAGGAAAUGCUCAGAAAAUAGAACGUGCCAAACUAUGGGGUCAUUGGUCGCUUUCUGCCGAUAAUAUUCGUUGCAGACACGAUAACUGCCACAAAGACAUAGUCAAAAUCUAA